CAGGUUACGGUUUAGCUCAAGGAGAGGCGCAAAGCGGGGGACGUCUGGUUCCAAGCAGUGAACGAGAGAGAGACAGAGGAGGGAGAGAGAGCAAGUCCUGACCCGUGGUAGACUAGACCACUUCUAACUAUGAGUCCCUCGUCUACUAGCCUACUGUCCAAUAAAUAACUCUAGACUCAGGGACAAAGAGGACAUAGCUAAAGCCCGGCCUACUGCUGCGUGGUGGGCAUCCGGGCAGUGCAUGCAGGAAUACAUGCUCCAGUUCAAUUGGACCUCUCACAUGUUCUAUCUAGGACGAAUAGGAAAUAUUCACUACAUUAAGUCACAGCAGUUCGCUGUUCCGGGGGAAGAGAGGAGAAGGGUGGGAUGAGGAGAAGAGACGGAUAAAGUGUGUUUCUGACGGGAGUUUUGACUGAUGGAUGCGUGUUGCCAUCUUUUCUAUGAAGUAAAGCGACAUAUACAGAGAGCGUUGCUGGGAGAUGGUAUUCAUCUGACAAAGACAUCGGACGUUAGGCUACCCUUCUGACCGCAAUAACAGCCUGCAGAGAAACCUCGGUAUAGGUUACCUGAUCUAACGAGGAACCGGAUCGGUGUGACAUUAAGGACAAAGACGUGAAGAAAGAACUUCCCCCGUUUCUCAGCUGCAAGUCAACGGUAUCACAUUGGCUUUCAUCCCGCCUUGAACCUCUUAAAAACCGUAAUUUAGAGCCAACCGCUGUUGACACGAGCGCUUUGCGGACGGUUCAACCAAGGACAGCAGAGGUUUGAACGGGGAUCUGAAGACACGUCUGACAGAGAGACAUGUAUCUAACAUCGACCUCAUAUGCACCCGACUGACAAACACACAAGCCACAGAAGAAAGCGGUAGAUAGCGGCUACUGCCCCGCCACGCGCACGGCGGGUCCGGUGCUCUCCCCGGCUCACUCUCUCUCCGGGUUGUGAGAAUGGCAGGGGUCGCGUGUUGGAAAUGUUACCUCUGGAUCUUUAUUGUCGUGUUUAGGUCGACGUUACCUUCUGACGCCAAAUCACUGGAAACUAUCAUGUGGAGCACUCAGAAUGCCAAGUUCCUGUCAGGUAGAGGGGUGGUCAUCUACCCAGACAUCGGGGACAAGCUGGACAUUAUCUGCCCCAAGGCUGAGCCAGGACGAGACUAUGAGUUCUAUAAGCUGUACCUGGUCAGGAGAGAGCAGGCGGAGGGGUGCAGCACGGUCAUGGACCCCAACGUACUGGUCAACUGUAACAAGCCAGAGAAGGACAUCAAGUUCACCAUCAAGUUCCAGGAGUUUAGUCCCAACUAUAUGGGCCUGGAGUUUAAGAAGAAUAUGAAUUACUACAUUACAUCCACAUCCAAUGGUUCAGUCGAAGGCCUGGAGAACAGAGAGGGAGGAGUCUGUAAGACCAGGGCUAUGAAAGUGGUUAUGAAGGUCGGACAAGACCCCAACACUGUUCUACCAGACCCUGUAUUACCAGAGGAACCUGAGAGAGGGAAGGACAACGGUCUGGGACGAGACUUCAGUCCUAGUCCUGAGGACAACCAGCUGCCUGGAGCAGGAGAGCCAGGCAACACGGACUCUAUAAACCAGGACAACAGGUCAGGAGGUUCCAGCAGCAGUGACAGCAUCCUGGGGUCAAAGGUUGCUGUGUUUUCAGCCAUCGGAGCUGGCUGCAUCAUCUUCCUCCUCCUCAUCCUCUUUCUCGUCAUCCUGCUCAUCAAGAUGAGGAAGAGAGUCCAGAAGCACUCUCACGCCCAGCCACACCCCUCUGCCAUGGCACUCAGCAUGCUGUCCAAUCAGAACAAGCUGCCUGGCAGCGGGGGCACAGCCGGGACGGAACCCAGUGACCUCAUCAUCCCGCUGCGGACGGAGAAUAACUACUGCCCUCACUACGAGAAGGUGAGCGGUGACUACGGACAUCCUGUUUAUAUCGUACAGGAGAUGCCUCCACAGAGCCCAGCAAACAUCUACUACAAAGUCUGAGAGAGGAGGAGAGGAGAGAACAUCUACUACAAAGUCUGAGAGAGGAGGAGAGGAGAGAACAUCUACUACAAAGUCUGAGAGAGGAGGAGAGGAGAGAACAUCUACUACAAAGUCUGAGAGGACGAGGAGCACAUAAAUAUCCUCUAAAUGAGAAAAGCAAAUGAACAUCUACAAUGUCCUAGAGGAGAGGAGCGAUUGAACAUCCACUAUAGUGUGAGUUGAAGAGAGAAGGACAAGAGAGAUUGAACAUCCACUAUAGUGUGAGUUGAAGAGAGAAGGACAAGAGAGAUUGAACAUCCACUAUAGUGUGAGUUGAAGAGAGAAGUACAAGAGAGAUUGAACAUCCACUAUAGUGUGAGUUGAAGAGAGAAGGACAAGAGAGAUUGAACAUCCACUAUAGUGUGAGUUGAAGAGAGAAGGACAAGAGAGAUUGAACAUCCACUAUAGUGUAAGUUGAAGAGAGAAGGACAAGAGAGAUUGAACAUCCACUAUAGUGUGAGUUGAAGAGAGAAGGACAAGAGAGAUUGAACAUCCACUAUAGUGUGAGUUGAAGAGAGAAGGACAGGAGCGAUUGAUUACUCUGCUACUGGACUGUUUUAUUUUAAUUUGGGGACUUGGCUUUUAACAAGCCCUUGUUUUUCUACAACCUACUGACCUAAGGAAAGGACACCUGACAGUGGACUAUGGACUGAUCCAGAACAACUGAACUGACAGAAACUGUCCAGUACACCUCGUCCUGUUGAUGUGAUGUUUUACCCUCUAUCCCCCUGUCCUAUAUCCCCCUGUCCUCUACCCCCCUGUCCUAUAUCCCCCUG